CAACAUUCUCCGCCCGUUUGUUUUGAUCCUCCGUUUCACCCGGAGCGUGUAAAUUCCUUCCAACUCUUGUGAAAUCGAAGUUUUCCGGACCAUCCUAGCACCACCCGACCAAUAUGGCCCAGACUUUCGGCGAUUCGCCCGUCAUCCAGGAAAACACCAUCGGAGUGAACCAGGGAGGCCCCCACGGACAUGGUGAUCCCAACGACCGGCGUCUCCGGAAAGUCGAACGGGAGGUGCUGAUUCCGAAGAUUAUGCGCGAACGAGCAAAGACGGAAAAGUGCAUCCCGGAGGUGCAGCAGUUCGAGGCUUGCUGCAAGGAUUCCGGCCUGUUUAUGGCGGUCAAGUGCCAGCAGGAGAACGAAGCGCUGAAGGAUUGUUCGCUGCGGUGGUACAAGAAUGAGCAGUUUCGGGCGGAGUGCACCGAGAUUUAUCUGGAGGAACGAGCGGAGUUUAGACGGACCGGGAUUCCCAAGAAGUUUCGGAACAUGAAUUUUGCGCAGGCGCCUCAGUAAUGAAGAUUGUUCUUAUUAUUGCAAUAAAUAUUGUUUUCACAGCUUUUUUUAACGGAA